GUGAUCGAAAUCGAUGAAACUCCACAGGCUCUACGCACUAAAAGACGGAAUCUAGAAGCACAGGAGAGAGCAGCCAAGAAGGCGGCAAAAGAUGAGCAUAAAAAAUCGAAAAGAACCGAACGACUGGAGCAGGUUGAAGUGAAGAAAUCAAAGGUUGCCACCGAAACGAUCGUUGAAACCGAAUCAGUUCCUACCAAAAGACCGGUCCCGGAAACGCCGGACUAUGCGGCGCAGUUGUUCAACGACUCGCUAACCAAUUAUGGCCUGUACAAGGACAACAGCUUCACCACCAACAUGACAGCGACAGCGACAGUGACGAAGGUCGUGACGACCUCUUCAUCGCCGUCUAGUGAGACCGAGCCUGUGACCACAUCACUACAGACAUCUGAUGAUUCCAGUUCUCGUAACGACACAACUCCGUUAAUGUCUUCUUUGUCAUGUUCGCAAGAAACAUCGCCAUCAUGUACUGCGACAACAUCGCACGCUUGGCCUCAUGCCACCACUAGCGUCAUUACUAGCGGCCUAGCUCAAACGACUAAGCUCAACAUCCUGCCGUCAUUUGCAAGUCGUUCAAGCACCAUAAAGCUGACCACUUCAGCGACGGGCAGCGGCACGUCGUUGUCAUUUUCGAAUCAGUCGGCACCUCGCCUUGUUCUUCAGAGUUUACUGAAGUCGUCGUCUGAAACACCAUUGUCAAUCUCAGUGCUUGCUGCAAACAGGUUGUUGACGUUGAGUUUUAGGGACGAACCUGCGAAAGUAGUUUCGAACAGCACCGUCGCAUCCAACACUAAGUCAGACUCCAGUCAGAAUCUGGAUCGUUCACGAAAGCCCGUCUAUUGUAUUAGCGUGAGUAGUUUUUCACAAAUUUACUCCGAUGUUUUAUUUUGCAUGAUUUUUUGGCAUUGUUAAUU